GGCUGAAGAAAGUUAGUGUCUGUCAUUUGAAUCAGCUGUGUGAGGGGGACGGGGGCGGGGGCGAGUGUUUUACCUUGUCAAGGACCUCCUUGAACAACAGACAUGGGUCACCUCAUCCACUACCUGCACCUCCUGCUGACUGUCAGCAUGCUGGCCUGUCAGUGUCUCGCGGUCAACGGGCUGUUUGAGUGGCUGAGGCUGACAGAGGCACCUCGAGCAGCAGCACCUCUUCAACCAGCUGCAGUGGCUCCAGCACAUCUUGCCAAAGACGCUCAGUUUGAGAUGGCAACUGCAGAUGAGAAGUUUUUAGCUGAGGCAAAGCAGAUGGAGCUCAGCCCAUUGGACAGCUGUCAUUACAGGGUGAUCGCUCGGCUAAAGUCGAGCUGUGACAGCCUCUCAGAAGAAAAGCUCGCAAAGCUCGGAGUGGAACUGUUUAACUGCCAGGCAGAGAUUGAGGGGCGCCAGACGUACCUAUGCACAGAGGAGAUGACCAUCAAAGAGUGUACAGCAUCCAUGGAUUCCGAUACGUGGAAUGCGUACCAUAUAGUGAGCAACCGAGCGCGCUCCGUUUGUUAUGCAACUCGACAGCAGCUUUUCCGGCGCAGAGCAGAGCACACAGUCAAUGCACUCAUCUCCACAGCCACCAGCCAGCUAGAUGCAAUGAAGGACCUGAAGGAGGGCCAGGUAGAGUUGAAAGAACUGACUGCAGCAUCACUGGACAAGCUGCUUGAAGGCCACAGUGCUCUGCAGGCUCAACAGGGGAAGCUGCACGAGGGCCAGGAGCAGAUGACGAGUUCACUGAGGGACAACCUGGAGCGUCUGGGUCAGGAAAAAGCUCUCAUCGCCUCUGGACAGGAGUUGGUAGCUCAGCUCAUUCAGGGAAUUACACAAAGAAUGGAAAAUGUGAGCGAGCAUCUUCAAAUCCAGGGCUCUGAGGUGCAGGACAGCCACAAGGCGAUUGUCAAGGACCUGGCAGAUGUAAGACACCAAGCUCAGGACAUCUAUCAGAAAAUUGACCACAGUAUGAUAGAGUUUCUGCAGUAUCAGGAUCAGACCUCCCAGUACUACACUGACCUGAUGAACAAGUUGGAGCGCAUGAACAGCACCCUGGGAGGCAUGCUGCACUACCUCGAUAAGAUGCAGAGCCGCAUAGAGGACAGGCUUCACAUGAUCCAGGGCUACCUCGGAUGGGCAGGUUUAAGUCUGACAGCUAUAUGGACGUGCAUCACACACACAGGCUACUUUGUACUGUGUGCAGUCCUGCUGUCAUUCCUGCACUGUCCUGGUUUCUCUCGAGCCAUGCUGCUGCUAACUGUGCCUCUGAAUGCAGUGGCUGAAGUCAACCAGCAGCCAGCGCUGGAUCUCACCAGCCUCAGCCUGCUGCUGCUCACUCUGUCUCUGGGUCACUGGUUUGUGACUCAGCUGUGGGCAUGCUUCCAGAUCACGAAAAAGCUGACCAGUCCACUGCUACUCAGCUCGUGCACCAUUGUGGAACCGCAGAAGCAGCCUUGCAACUCUUAUCCACCAUCAUCUACACCACAGAAAGAUGAAAAAGAUGACAUCAUUGAGGAAGAGUUGAGGCUUAUGGCAGUAAUUGGUAAACCAAAUCACUCCACUCCCAGGUUUAAACCAAAGCCACUUUCUUCAGCGGCUCUUUGUUACGAUAUACCCCUGAGUAACCUGGAAGGUGUUUUUGAUUCAGUCACUGACUCGCAUGAUUUAGGGAAUGAUUCACGAAGUGCAAGUCCCACUCCAUCGUUAGUCAGCAACAGCUCAGUGUCAGGCCGUCAGCUGUGCAAUGCCCUCACAAAAAGAGGAAAAGUCUGUAAGAAGAGAGCCGUGCCAGGACAGGAGUACUGCAGAGUCCACGAAGGGGGGCACUCCUCGUAUGUCCAGUUUUAACAGGCUCAGCAGUCUUUGUCUGUAAAAACUGUAUACAGUAAUGAAAUAUUGUUUUUACUAAGUUUUGUCUGCACUGCAGACAGCAGUAAGUAAGACUGCUGAAUGAAAAUUACGUCUGUAGAUAUUUUAAAUGUUUUUAGACGUUUAUUUAGCUUUUCGUGUUUAAUAAAAAUGAAAAAACUCUUAUCAAAAUUAGCUUUGUCCGAGUAUGUGCAUGUACACACAAGGAACUGGGCUCAGUUUUUUCUUAAUUCCGUGCUCUUUAUUGCUUUCAAUGUACCGAAGAGAACAUGGAAACAGACAGUAGCAAUGUGCCACAGAUGAACAUGUAUAGCCUAUUCAUAGUGGUGGGUAACUGGUUCUAUAUAUAGAUGGAGGGAGAGAGUUAUGUGAAUUUGAGUAUGUGUAAUAUAGGUAUAACCAAAGAGUAUUUACUGCAUGGUUUGUUUCAGUAAAAGCUGUGGUGGACGUUUUAGUAGAGACAACAUGUAAGCAAUAGCCUGUGAAAAGCUGCUCUGUAGCACCUACCAAAGGGAGGAACUGGAAGAGGUUGUAUCCUGGGUGUGAGUGUUUCCUAAUUCUGAGUUUGUACAAAUCGUUUCUUGCAGACCUGACUUGUCCACUGUAGUCUGUUCUCGUCCUCUUUGGUUUGAUCAAUACACUGAUGCUCAUGCAGGAAACAGACUGGAUUACUGCAGAGUAGAAAUGGACCAAUAGCUCCUGAGCUGGUGCAGGAGGUCCAUCCUCUUCUGGGCCCCUUUGAUAAUUUUGUAUUAGGUGGCAACAGAGACUGGAUCCCUGAAACCUGAAGGAGCAUGUUCAGCUGUUUAACCCCUCAUUGGUAUGCAGACUCAUCACCAACCUUCACAAGUCUCAUGAUCACCAUGCCAUCUGCAAACCUCACGUUUUUAAAUAGGCUGGUCUUUUGAGGUGCAGUCGUUUGUGUAUGAGGAUCUGCAUUCCUCAAGGGCCGAUGUCCUGCAGGUUUUAGAUAGGACCCUGAUUCAACAAACCCAAAUCAAAUAUUAGUUCAUUACCUCUGGAGAACUUCAAGACAUGUUGAGGAGGUAAUUUAGCCAUUUAAAUCAGCUGUGUUGGAUCAAGGACACAUCUAAAACCUGCAGGACACUGGCCCUUGAGGCCUGAAGUUUCCCCAACCCUGAUCUAUACACUUCUGUAUACAUCAGGGUUCUGUGUCUGUUAUAAAGUGAAGCAUGAGUAGUAGUGCUGUCCAGCAGAACUGAGUCCUUGUUUUGUUUUUAUGGCAUAUGAACAUACACAGAAAUAAAAAUCUCAAUCUGUGACAUGUCUUUCAUAUCAAGGGUAGGACACUUGAGACACAUUGCAAAUAUAAAAUAUUUAUUUUGCUCUGAUUUGUUUAAAAAACAAACAACCCAAAACAAACAAACACUAGCACACAAUGCUCAGUUGUAUAAGCUGGAUCAAUCAAAUCCCAAACCCUUCAAUAACAAAUGUGAAGUCAAAACAAUUCUGAUUUCUGAAUGUUAUGUUGUGCCAGCACCUGGAUUACAAGAGUGAAGCAGCCCAUUUCCUAUGGGCUCAAAAUGUGGUCAUAAAUAUUUUGUACUUGUAAAUCUCUGUGUGUGUGUGU